AUGUCAUUACUUCAUUUGAUUAGUUUCUUAGCUACUGUCUUGGCAUUAGCAUUCAUUUUGAUUUGUUUAGCUAGUGGACUUUUAUAUGUUGCUGAAAUUAUUGAAGAACAUUCUCAAGCUGCUAAAAGAAUUGGUCAACAAAUCACUCAUGGAGUGAUCUUAUUACAUAUUGGAAUUUAUUUUUCAGAUGGAUUACCAUUCCAUUUAACGAUCUUAGGAAUCUUUUCACACUUGAUCUAUUUGACUAACUUUUCCAAAUCUUGGCCUAUGAUCUCAUUAAAUUCCAUCUCAUUUCUUUCGAGUUGUUGUUUAGUGAUCUUAGAUCAUUUUGCUUGGUUUUUUUAUUUUACUGAUCGUACUUCAUCUCAUCAUCCUUAUCAUUCAAAGGUUUAUAGACAUUUAGAUUCGACUGCUUUGACGUUUUUAGAUGUUACUACUUUUUUUGCGAUAUGUGUUUGGAUGGUACCUUUUUAUUUAUUCUUAAGUCUAAGUGCAAAUGAUAAUGUAUUACCAUCAAGAAAUGGUAAUGUUUUCAAGUCGAAUUCACAAGUCUUUUUCAUUGAACACUUUUCUGAUUUGAUGAUUUUUCCUUUUUAUAAUAGAUUCAGAUCAACCUAUAAUGAUUUCAGCACAACCUCCAACCCCAAGUCUAACCAACCAAGCAUUAAUUUAUGA